ACGUGAUUCAAACAGACGCGUUUUAUUUAGCUCGCACGCGGUCACUUUCCUGCCACGCGUCUCUUAAACACGUGCUUUUAUCUUUCAAUAUAUCUUACUUAUGUCUGUUUACAAAUUACCUUCUCAGCAGAUUAGUGUUUUGAAAUGACGUUAUAAAUGGAUUCAGUCAUGGCACCCACCAGAGCCCAUGUGGGGACCCGUGCACGUGUGAACAUGCCCGGACUUGUCUAAUUAUUCGGGCCUGGGUCGACUGGACUUCACCGCAGAAACCAUGGACAGCAUGUUUCCAGAUCAACUUUUCCCACAUUUUUAUCUGGACGGACCGCCACAAGCCAAGCCGAAGCACAGUCUCGGACUCGGAGACUGGGGUUCAUAUGAGCGAGUGUUUGAAAGAAGGGCUGGACAGUGUGUUGCGGGACGAUCCACCCAGCAUGAGUUUGUAAGCCAGCACGCUGUGAGAGAAGAAGAAUGGGUACCAGUUAAACCAGCGGUUACCCCUUUAAUUCCACCAUGCACAGAUGCCAAAGCCUCAUUUGGUCCUCUACCAGAUCCAAUGGAUUUUCCAGAGCAUAUGCAGUAUUUUUACCAGCAUUACUGUCUGGAUGCUUUUUCCACAAUGGGAAAUCUGCUACGGGAGGAUUUCACAUUUAAACGAAAUCAUCCAAAGGGUGUUAAGAAUAUGUCCUGGACUAAGAGGUUCCUGAAGGGCUUGAAUUAUAAAAGAUGCCAAAUUGCACAUUGCUUGAAGAGGGUCCGUCAGAUUCACCAUCUGGUCAGUGAUGUUGUGAGUGAUAUUCCUCCUCCUCUUCUCGCCAACCACCUCCAUGAGGAACUUACGUCACAGAGGGAACAGCUGCAGUUCUGCUCCGAUAUGACAGGGGGUGUGUUAGGAUACAUGCCCUUACAUGAGGCACAGGGCAGUGCUGAUGGCUGUCUGAUUUAUCCCAGUGGACAUGCACUGGAGACACUCAACUUCCACAGGGUGGUGCCAGAGUUCAAUGAUGACAAGCCUCCUAAUUUCUUCAUGGACUCCAGCUCUUUUGCUUUUGAGCUGAAUGGAGCCAUCAAACAGCUCAGUGUGGGCAACAUGGAGGAUCUAGGUAAUGUGGGUGUGCGAUCAGAUUAUUUUUGUAGCUCAUGGGUAUUAGGUGACAACUGCAGGCCACGGUUGCAGGAAGUCAUCAAGUCGAAGGAUCGUUACUCGUGCAUCACUGUCAGUCCUCAUGUUCCAGAUGAGCUUGUUGUGGCCAAUGAGUGGGGAGCUGCCUAUCUUUGGACUGUGAAAAAAGGAUUGCAGAAGUUUCGAGAGGAAGAUUCUAAUCUUUAUUUCAAUGCCAAGUCACCAUGGCGAUGGUGUGAGUUCACGUGCCACCCGAGAGUGAUGGUGUAUGCUGACAGGACAGGGGCAGAGAUUACAGACGCAAGGAAUCGUGAUUGUUAUCACACACUGUUCCGGAUUGGAAGGACGCCAGCUUGUUUGAGGGGAGAAAGAGUGUUACUAGCCAAGUACCUAAGUGAAAGCCACACCCAUCACCACCUCAUCACUUCCCAGUUUUCCUCCUACAUCAUGGACGAACGCGUUCCUUGUGUGCCGAUGCUGAAAUGGGAUCAUAUGAUGAAAUCCGAGCCGGUGUUUGCCUGCAGUCUGCCAGCACUGAACCAAAGCAGAACCUGCAAGGUGCUUCUUGGUUCUCAGAGGUCACAGGAGGUCAUGUUACUGCAGUACACAGGUGGGAGGAAGCAUGCCUGUCAGACUCGGGGUCCCAUUCAGAAGCUCUAUAGUCCCAAAGAGAGUCUGAUUCACCUAAACCAUCUGCUACCCCACAAGAGACACCUCGCUGAAAAGAGACUGAACGUACCUGCUGCAGGUCUUACAGCUAUACAGAAUAAGGACUACCUAUCCGUUUUCCAGCUCACUGAGACUGGAGACCUCUUUUUCCAAACACUGAAACUACACUCACCUGUAACUGCUACCAACAACGACCUCCCAGAACCAGCUUUUUCCUUUGUCGAUGUGGAAUGUACAGAAGAACCUGGAGAAAGCGAGAACUUGCAGUCCAUUGCAAACGGUGACAACCAUAGUGACAUAGGAGUGCGUAGUCCACUGCAACUAAUCAACAAUGUUGAAAAUGGUCUCUCCCAUGCUCCCGAUACAAAUGAAGAUAUCAGUAAGGAACCCAAUGGUACGUGCUCCACCAGACCAACCAACCCAAGUAAAGAUCAUGACCUUCAGGUAGCUUGGAACGAGUGGUUUAAGCCAAUUUUCAAAAAGGCUGCAGGCAAAAAACGACACCAUCAUCAAAAAGUAAAAACCACAGGUUUAAUACAAUUGAAAAAGACCAAGACGGAAAAACUAAAGCAAGAUCGCCUGCAGAGGUUGAGGAGAGACCUUCAAGAGGUCAUGAAGAAGAAAGAGGUGCUCCUUCAAGGGGUCACGAACCUGCCUCACCUGAAUGUGACCCCUGUUCCUGACCCUGUAGAUCCUGAAGAGUGGCCAGAUGAUCUCAGCCAACGGUUGACAGCAUCGUGGGAGGGCGAAUGGAAGAACUGGUGGGAGGAGAAAUUGGGCCUGAACCGGGAGAAGAAAAUCGAGGCUCUCCAUAAAAAGCGUAAAACAGAAAAUCAAGCCAGAAUUCUGCAUCGCGCCUUGCUUUCUGAAAGCUUUACCUCGUUGGUUAGCUACCAGGAUGAUCUCUCUGGUUACUUAUCUGCAGCUAGUCAGAGUUUCGGUUCGGACGGAGAGUCUUUGGUUAAUUCGCAAGCAAUGGAAGAGGAGGAUGGUAUAUUGGAAACUGAGAUGCACAGAAAGAGCCCCAUUAUCAUGAGAAAGUGUUUCAAUAAUCAACAGACCCUUGGGCAAGUACUGAUCGAAUCUACCCCAAAACGUCCUCAGAAAAUAUCUGGGCCUGAUCAAGAAGAACGUUUUAACCCUCAGUCUAAACAACCAACCCGAGGCAACUCAAGUCCUUUGGACUCUGGUCUUUGUCCUGCAUUGGUCACCUUUACACGAACACCAAAGAGCCAACCAAAAUUGCACAAUGAGGAUUACCUUAGUUCUUUGUUUGGUUCCCAAGAACCUACUUGGCAGUCCAAACAGAAUGGUGGAAUUUCUUUCUCCCAGGUACCUACCUCAUCCCAGCUCUCCUUGUCAUCUUGGAGCACUUCACAAGGCAGAACCCCCGCACAGGCCCCCCAGCUGAAGAAAAAGUAUCGCAUAGGCUUCUAAAACCUGGCACCCAAACAAGGAACGCCGCAAGGUGUGCGCUCUGGUGGGCCCCUUACCUCUCGCUCUCAUCCCAGGCACCCUCUGGAAUGGUGGGCAGCUCAGGAAUGCUACAGUAGCUGCUGUGUAGGUUUUGUGCCGUUCUUCGUGAGACGAUCCAUACCAGUUUCCUGUGGUCAGGUUUGGAACAUUCUGGAGAGGAAUACUCCCUUAUGCACUGGUCUACCAGGCCUCGCCAGCGCGCCAAGUCAGCCUCCGAGAUCUGAAUAGAGCAAACGGACACCGCUGUAUCAAGACACCAGCUUACAUAAGACCAGGGGCAGAGAGCCAGCGUAAUGGACGGGACUGACUUCAGAGUUGUAAACCAAUAGUCUGCUGGCGGCAGGACAUGUCAAAGACUUUGGAUUUUUCCUACACCAUGGUUGGAUAUUUUGGUAUUGUCAAAACUGAACAUGGUGCAUUUUGGAAAAGGACUGUAAUUUUUUGUAUUGGGGUAAACGCAUGUCUUAUUUUUGGUGUUUGCUUAACUUUUCAGUUUGAUUAAACUUGGACAUGUCUCAUGACAGAGCA